AUGCAGUGUCAGGCCUGGAUUUUGGUUGCAGUCGUCUUGUGUUUUCAGAGCCCAUAUGUAGAUGGACACUUCUUGGAUUUGUCAAAUUGCAUGGGCCUUAAAUCUAAUGAGCAAAUAAGGCAGUGUAUUAGGCAAUGCAGAUCUAAGCAGGACGUCUCUAAUUAUGGGACAGUUUCUUCAUCUGAACAGAAAAACAAUGAGGAACAGGUUGAGGAACAGAGCCUGAGUUUGGGUCUGCUCUUAUCUGCUCUGGCACCUGGUUCACCCGAGACCCAAAAGCCCACUGGAGAACCUCCCCACAGUGAGGAGAGGAGAUCUUACUCCAUGGAGCACUUCCGCUGGGGAAAACCAAUGGGUCGCAAACGCAGACCCAUUAAAGUCUUCAUCAACAACGCCCUGGAGGAGGAGCCAGAGGAGUCCACGGAAACCUUCCGCGUGCAGCGAGAGCAGGGCGCCGUCCUGGACGUUCAACAAAGGAACAAUGUGAAGACCAACGGAAAGUAUCGCAUGACCCAUUUUCGCUGGAACACUCCACCUGAGAAACGCUACGGCGCAUUCAUGAGACCUUAUUCAGAGCAAUCCCAGAAGCCCCUGCUCACGCUGAUACGUCAUCGUUAA